AUCUCGAGAUCGGUUGCUUUGGUUUGGACGGGGGAAAUCCUUAACACAAUUGCGUCAUAAAUACGUCAAUAAACUCACUCACUGACGAUCGGGUACCACGAUAGCCGCCAUAUUCGCAUCCAUGGCAGGGUAACGGUGCUCUCGGACAGCGUAUGGUCCAGUCAUCAGCAUCAACUAUUCCGCGCACCGACCCCCCGAUUCCAUCCGGAUAGCGGUCCCCGGCCACACAGCUUAGAUCUGAUCAUCAAAGCAGAAUAGCGGGACUUCCACAGAGGGGAAGACAUGCAACGUGGAGCGGGGGUCUAGGUAGACUACGAUGCCUUAGACUUAGAGAGGGAUCCUGGCACAAGAUGGAGGUAAAUAGCGUUUGUAGUGAGGUCAAUGGACAUGAGAUCAUAGACGAGCCUAUGGAGGAGGGAGAGUCUUUCUCACACUGUGACGAAGGGACAUAUGAGGAGAUUCCAAUCACCCACCAUGUAAAAGAGGGCUGCGAGAAGGCUGAUCCAUCUCAGUUUGAACUGCUCAAAGUCCUCGGCCAGGGCUCUUUCGGCAAGGUAUUUCUCGUCAGGAAGAUUGUGGGUCCAGAUGCUGGUCAGUUAUAUGCAAUGAAAGUUCUAAAAAAGGCAUCUUUGAAAGUCAGGGACAGAGUUCGCACUAAGAUGGAAAGAGACAUUUUAGUGGAAGUCAAUCAUCCCUUCAUAGUGAAAUUGCACUACGCCUUUCAGACGGAAGGGAAACUGUAUUUAAUACUGGACUUUCUCAGGGGAGGGGAUGUAUUCACUCGCUUAUCCAAAGAGGUUAUGUUUACAGAGGAAGAUGUGAAAUUCUACCUUGCAGAGCUGGCCCUGGCCCUCAACCACCUGCACAGCCUGGGCAUAGUUUACAGAGAUCUCAAGCCAGAGAACAUCUUACUUGAUGAAGCUGGACACAUAAAGUUAACAGACUUUGGUCUGAGUAAAGAGUCUGUAGAUGCUGAUAAGAAGGCGUAUUCCUUCUGUGGUACGGUGGAGUAUAUGGCCCCUGAGGUGGUCAACAGGAGAGGACACACACAGAGUGCAGACUGGUGGUCUCUGGGAGUACUUAUGUUUGAGAUGCUAACGGGGACGUUACCGUUCCAAGGGAAAGACCGCAAUGAGACCAUGAACAUGAUCCUCAAAGCUAAGUUGGGAAUGCCCCAGUUCCUAAGUUUGGAAGCCCAGAGUUUGCUGAGAAUGCUGUUCAAACGUAACCCUGCUAACAGACUAGGGGCCGGGCCCGACGGAGUGGAGGAGAUCAAACGCCACGCUUUCUUUUCCACCAUCGACUGGAAUAAGCUGUACAGGAGAGAGCUCCAGCCCCCAUUCAAGCCUGCAGCGGGUAAACCCGAUGACACGUUCUGCUUUGACCCUGAGUUCACUGCUAAAACACCUAAAGACUCCCCAGGUAUUCCUCCCAGUGCUAAUGCCCACCAGCUCUUCAAAGGCUUCAGUUUUGUUGCUCCAAACCCGAUGGAUGAGAACAAGAGCUCCCCGCUGCUCAGCUUACUCCCCAUAGUGCAGAUGCACGGCGGCUCAACCAAGUUCUCAGAUCUUUACGAGCUGCAGGAGGACAUAGGGGUCGGCUCCUACUCCAUUUGUAAACGCUGUGUACACCGAGUCUCUGCCAUGGACUAUGCUGUGAAGGUAAUUAUAGACAAAAGUAAGAGGGACCCCUCUGAAGAGAUCGAGAUCCUGAUGCGAUACGGACAGCAUCCCAACAUCAUCACUCUGAAAGACGUGUAUGACGAGGGCAGGUAUGUGUACCUGGUGACGGAGCUGAUGAAGGGAGGGGAGUUGCUGGAUAAGAUCCUCAGGCAGAAGUUUUUCUCUGAGAGAGAGGCCAGUGCUGUGCUCUACACCAUCACCAAGACUGUUGACUACCUCCACUGCCAAGGGGUGGUACACCGAGACCUGAAGCCCAGUAACAUCCUGUAUAUGGAUGACUCGGGAAAUCCCGACUCCAUCAGGAUCUGCGACUUUGGAUUCGCCAAGCAGCUGCGGGGAGGCAACGGCCUGCUGCUCACCCCCUGUUACACCGCCAACUUUGUGGCACCAGAGGUACUAAUGCGGCAAGGGUAUGAUGCAGCCUGUGAUAUAUGGAGCCUUGGAGUUCUACUGUAUACCAUGCUGGCAGGGUACACGCCGUUUGCUAACGGGCCAAACGACACACCAGAAGAGAUUCUUCUCCGGAUUGGAUCUGGAAAGUUCUCUUUGACCGGUGGCAACUGGGAUACUGUAUCAGACACAUCAAAGGACUUGCUGUCCCAUAUGCUCCAUGUGGACCCUCACCAGCGAUACACCGCGGCGCAGGUUCUCAAGCAUUCCUGGAUCACCUGCAGAGAUACGCUACCACACUACCAGCUCACGCGCCAUGAUGCACCGCACCUCGUCAAGGGAGCCAUGGCUGCCACCUAUUCAGCGCUGAGCCAGAAGACGAGUCAGCCGGUGCUGGAGCCCGUGGCGGCGUCCAGUCUAGCCCAGAGACGCAGCAUGAAGAAACUCACUUCCACAGACAUGUAGACACAGCCACCGCUCGCCCGCCCGCCAGUGUUGACCUCACUCUCUGUCAGACUCUCAUAUGCAAACACACACACACAAACACACACACACCGAAGUCCUGGCCAGUCAGACCUACUGUCUCCCUUAUCUUUUUUUUUUAAAAUCUAUUUAUUUGACUCACCCAGCAUAUGCACUCUCACACUGGACGAGGUUGCAUUGUGACAACGUCAGCUACAGAAGAAGAAGAAGAAGAAGAAGAAGAGGGGGAACUCACAUAUCAGAUACUGCUGGGGAGACACACUUGUAUUUAUUCCCACAACUUUCAUAUGCACUCGCCCUCCUCGCCUUUCAUUCUCUCUUCCCGCGUGUGGGGAAGAAAAACACACCAGCUGAUGUUUUCCUUCACUGUGAUUGGCUGAUUCAAAGCUGCUUUGGUAAACUGUGCUCCCCCCCACACACACACACACACACACACACACACACACACACACACACACACCCACACCUCUUCUGCGCUCUGCCCUCUUCCUCAGUUCUCUCUCCUUCCCUCGGCUUUUGCUGUCUUAACUUCUAUGUGCGAGAGUGUUGGCAGGAUGAUGAUGACUGAGGGAAUUUUAAGACUGUUUCUUCUCUUAAAAUAAAAAAAGAUAUAUGAUUCUGCUUGUGGUGGAUUAAUAAAAGUCCAUCUGGAUCAAAAUCAUCUGCGAACACUUUUGUUACAUAAAUGCGUGUGUGGACAGAACCUGUAAUUCUUUUCCCCUUAAGAUGCACCGUCUGUGUGAUGCUAACAAUGUAUCAAAAGAGGAAAAAUAAGCUGCAGAUGGACAAAAGAUAGACGACAGAAAUUCUAGUUUGCGAAAAGAAAAAUAUAUAUAUAAAUAUAUAUAAUUAAGAUGAUGAUGAUGAAGAGCAUGUGGGAAAGCUGUAGGGAUUUCUCUGGGGGGGACGGGAUGCACCCCGUCAAACCAGAGAGGCUGAAUUAAAAAAAUUAAAAAAGAUUUCCAUGGAUAUCUCUUUAAAAAGACAUUGUGGAAAUUGUAUGAUAUUGUAUUUAUUUCAUUUGAUUUUUAAGAUUCUAUUUUUCUUUCAAGUUCUGUAUAUAUUGACAUUAAAGAUCAUUAUUGACAUGCA